GAAGGGGCGGAGCCGGGAUCUCACCCGGUCUUAGAGGAGACGGAAGCUCCGACUGAGUGCGGGGCGGACGAUACUUACUGCUGACCCGGUGCUACUUGGGCGGCGGCUCCGGAUCCCGGAGGUCCAGUGGGCAGCUCCCCAGAUGUGGAGAUCGGUGCUUGGAGAAGGAAGGCAGCUGCCCAAGGGCCCCACAGCAGGUCGGUGGGUGAGCCAGGGCUAGAACCCACACCUGCAGGCACAGCUGCCACCUGUCUGUGAAGGCGCUCUGAGGGCAACACACUCACCAGCCAUGAACUACGUGGGGCAGCUGGCAGGGACAGUGUUGGGGACGAUGAAGGACAUAUACCGAGGUCUGAACCCGGCCACGCUGAGUGGUGGCAUUGACGUCCUGGUGGUGGAGCAGGCGGACGGCUCCUUCCGAUGCUCACCCUUCCACGUGCGCUUUGGCAAGCUGGGCGUCCUGCGGUCUCGGGAGAAGGUGGUAGACAUUGAGAUCAACGGGGAGCCUGUGGACUUGCACAUGAAGCUGGGGGACAGCGGGGAGGCCUUCUUCGUUCAGGAGCUGGAGAGUGAUGAUGAACACGUGCCUCCCUGUCUGUGCGCAUCACCCAUCCCUGGCGGGGACCUGUCCGGGUUCCCCUCAGACUCCCAGCUGAGCACAGCCAGUGAGCCUGAGGCCACCGCUGAGGGGGUGUCCUCCACGGGGCGGAAGAAGAGGCUUCGCAGGAGGAAACCCAGGCGCAAAGAGGACGCGGUCGCAGCCAGUUCUAGUUCGGAGGAGCUGGAGACUGGUGCUGACAGUGAGCUGUCCCUGCUGGAAAAGCCAAGGCCAGAGCCCUCAGGGUAUGUGCGGACCAGCCCCCUCAGCAGCAUCCAGUCAGAAGGGGAGUCCUCACUGCAAGCCAGAGACUUCUACCCCUACUCUGAUGGCGAGUGGGGCCCCCAGGCCAGCCUCCCGCCGGGUGGGUGCACGUCCCCCAAGAGUGACUCGGAGCUGGAGCUGCGGACCCCUGAGCCCGGCCCCCCAGGAGCUGAGUCCCACAUACAGUGGGCCUGGGGGAGGCUGCCGAAGGUGGCCAAAGCAGAGUGGCCUGAGUCCUUGAAGGUUGCUGAUGGCAGGGCCGGGCCAGCCUCUCCUCUUCAGGGAGAGCCCAGCGCUCCCUCCACAUCUGUGGCUGGUGCGGACCCUUCGGGAACCCUGAUCCUGCAAGCAGGGGCUGGUGCCGACCUUCCUCCUACAGACAUGGACCCUCCUGCUCUGGUGGGCUCCCCUCUCCCCACUCCCAAGAGAAAGCAGACCAAGCCUCAGAGCCGCAGGGAGGCAGGCCUGCCCCCUCCCUCGAAAUCCCGGAGCUGGGCCACCAUGGAGGGCCCCGUUGCCGCCAGGCAGCCAGAGGGGGGCUCCGGGGGGAAAGGCCCCCUGAAGAGAAGCCAGCACCUGGGCCCCAGUGACAUCUAUCUGGACGACUUGCCCUCUCUGGAUUCUGAGAAUGCAGCGCUUUACUUCCCCCGCAGUGACUGUGGACUGGGGCCCAGGAGGUGGAGUGAACCCAACAGCCAGAAGCCCUUGGGCGACCCCAGCCCCGAACGGGAACCAGAACCCCCUCCGGACGUGGUGGCUAUGAUCGCGGUCUCCCUCUGUGGCGGGCUGGCUGACGGCCAGGACAUCUCCUUGGAGAAGUUCAACCAGCACAUCGUCUCCUACCAGGACCUCGUCCAAAACCCUGGCCUCCUUGAGCACCCAAACCUGGUGGUGAAAAUCAAUGAGAAGCAUUAUAACUGGGCUGUGGCUGCCCCCAUGAUCCUCUCCCUGCAAGCCUUCCAAAGGAACUUGCCCAAGAGCACUGUGGACAAACUGGAGAAGGAGAAGAUGCCCCGGAAGGGUGGGCGGUGGUGGUUUUCCUGGCGACGCCGGGACUUCCCAGCCGAGGAGCGCGGUGCCCAGACGGAGAAAACCACCGCCAGGGAGCAGCAGGGGGAGAAGACUGAUGUCCUGAGUAGUGAGGAUGAAGCCCUGGAGAGCCCUGUGAUCCUGGAGGCCCCCUUUCUGCUGCCUUCGCCUCCCGCCUACACUCCCACCUACAAGAAGUCCCUCCGGCUCUCCUCCAAUCAGAUCCGGCGCCUGAACUUGCAAGAAGGUGCCAAUGACGUGGUCUUCAGUGUGACCACCCAGUACCAGGGCACCUGCCGGUGCAGGGCCACCAUCUAUCUGUGGAAGUGGGACGACAAGGUGGUCAUCUCGGACAUCGACGGGACCAUUACCAAGUCAGAUGCUCUGGGCCACAUUCUGCCCCAGCUGGGGAAAGACUGGACACACCAGGGCAUCACCAGUCUCUACCACAAAAUCCACCUAAACGGGUACAAGUUCCUGUACUGCUCGGCACGGGCCAUUGGCAUGGCUGACCUCACCAAGGCCUACCUGCGGUGGGUGAGCGAGCGGGGCUGCGGCCUCCCCAAGGGCCCCAUCCUGCUGUCUCCCAGCAGCCUCUUCUCUGCCCUCCACAGGGAGGUGAUUGAGAAGAAACCAGAGGUGUUCAAAAUUGCCUGCCUGAGUGACAUCCGGAAGCUGUUCCUGCCCAACGAACAGCCCUUCUAUGCUGCCUUUGGGAACAGGCCCAACGAUGUCACUGCCUACCGGCAGGUGGGACUCCCUGAAUCUCGCAUCUUCACAGUCAACCCCCGGGGAGAGCUCAUCCAGGAGCUCAUGAAGAACCACAAAUCCACGUAUGAGCGGCUGGGCGAGGUGGUUGAGCUCCUCUUCCCACCUGUGGCCCGUGGCCCCAGCACAGACCUGGCCCAUCCUGAAUACAGCAGCUUCUGCUACUGGCGGGAGCCCCUGAUGACGGUGGACCUCGAUGCCCUGCCCUGAACCGGCCCCUGCUGCCCCCUCCUCCCUGGCCAGACCCAGAACUGACUGGGAGUCCCGGGGAGUGGGAGGUUGGAAGCUGGCUGCCACAGGGCCGGUCCACUGAAGGGCGGGGGAGGGGCUGAGGGCUUGUUGGCAGACACAGAGGCCCUCUCUCCUCCCUGUCCUAUCUCCUGCCUUCCCCAGCUGAUCUGUGGGAGGCGGGCCGGCUGCUCCAGGCUCUUAACUGCCCUGUGGCAAUUAAAUGAUGGUGACCUG